ACGAUAUUCAUUCGCCAAUAUUCACGAGGCUGUCGGAAGUUGGGUUCUCGGCUCGUUUAGACACGUAGAUGUUCCGAAUAGGUGGAUUCGUGCCGCUCGUGCGAUUGUUUGCUGUCGUCACUGACGUGUAGAUCACCACUGGAGUAUCCUGUGCGUCGUCGUGCGGAGCGUGCAGCGUCUUCAGGAUGGUGGAUAACACAAGCAGUGGAUCCAGCGACUCGUCGCCACAAGUCGAAAAGGGAUGGCUAGCCUUGAAACAGCAUAUUGUAGACAAUAAGAUUAAAUUUGGAUUAUGGGUCACCAGACUCUUCACCAUAAUAUUCACCUUCGGUUACAUUAUUCCUAUAUUUGGGAAUCCCUAUAAUAUAUACUACAAGGUAUUAAUGAAUAAUGCGGCAACUAGUGCGUUACGUCUGCAUCAAAGAGUUCCCCGCGUUCAGCUCUCAAGACAAUUUUUAGAGACGUUGCUGUUGGAAGAUUCGUGCCACUAUUUGUUCUACUCUUUGAUAUUUUUGUACGCGGCGCCAGUUACAUUGGUGCUCAUACCAGUUUUUCUUUUUGCUCUGAUGCACAUGGCUAGUUACUCUCUUACAUUGCUAGAUUGCUUAGGACAUAAUAGCUGGUGGGGCGCUCGUCUGUUAAUAUCUUUGGUGGAAUUUCAAUCACGGAAUAUUCUUCGCCUGUGUGCUCUGUCAGAAAUCAUCAUCUUACCAUUUACCGUUCUCCUAGUAUUCACAGGACGCGCCGGUUUACUGACCCCCUUUGUUUAUUAUCAGUUUUUGAAACUACGUCUUGCAUCUCAAAGAAAUCCAUUCACACGUAACGUAUUUUACGAACUCAGAAACGGACUGAGCUCAGUGUCGAAAAAGCCGGCCGUGCCGGACAUCGUUCGGAGAAUGAUCGACGGUCUGCUUUCUCUGACCCAACAAAUGGCGCCAGUGCGUCAAUAAUAUCCAUAUUAUUUAUGAUAUUAAAUUCAAUUAUUUCUCAUAUUGUCUCAAAGACAGAUCUCCUAGGGUUCUAGGGUCCACUCAGCGACACUUUCAUGAAUUAGUGUUAGCGCAAAGUGAGUGUAGACAUAAAAAUUCAUAGUGAAUGUUAUGUGAAUUAUUUGAAAUGAUUUGAAAAAUCUGUGAAAACAAUCAAAGUAUAUGAACAAUUUCUUACUUUAACAGUUAUGCUUAUUUA